UCAUUUCCUUUUUGAGUUUACAGACGAGCUGAAUGUGUAAUGCACAUUUAGCCUUAAAACUUGCAAUCAAACAACUAUUUUCAAGCUAACAAAGAGCUAGUGUCAGUCAUGUUUGAUGGCCCAGGGGGUUUUGAGGUGGAGGAGGAUGAUGAGUGCUGGGCACGGCUGGAAGACUACAGAAUGCUUCUCAUCAAGACCAUUGAGCCCUCAAGGAUAACACCUUACCUGAGACAGUGUAAAGUGCUGAGCAGUGAGGAUGAAGAACAGAUCUACAACGACCCCAGUCUGGUUAUCAGGCGUAGAAAAGUUGGAGUGCUGCUGGACAUAUUACAAAGAACUGGCCUCAAAGGAUAUGAGGCAUUUCUAGAGAGUUUGGAGCUAGACUACCCAGAUGUGUACCGCAAAAUCACCGGCAAAGAGCCUGCUAGGGUCUUCUCGGUACUUAUUGACACGGCCGGGGAAUGUGGCCUCACUCAGUUCCUCAUGAGCGAGGUCUCUCGCCUACAGAAGCUCGCACAGGACGAACGGAGGAUGCGACUCGAAGUGUCUGCGCAGGCGGCGGAGCAGCUAGACACCAUCCGCCAGCUGCAGCUGUGUGAGAGCGAGCUGCACAAACAGCAGGACCGCGUGCAGCGCAUCCGAGAGGAGCGCGAGCGCAUGUGCGAGGAGGCGCGUAUACUGAGAGACGAGAAUUACCGACUGAUGCACGACCUGACCCGACUGAGCGAGGACAAGAACUGCGCACUCAUGUGUAACAGAGACCUCCAGCUCGAGUAUCGAGAGGAGAAGGAUGAGUUAGAACUGAAGUGCAUAAUGCUAAAAAAGGACUCCAAAAUGUACCGUGACCGAAUGGAAGACAUUCUGAAGCAGCUGGAAGAAGUCAUCAAAGAAAGAGACAAGGCUAUUUGUACAAGAGAGGAGUACCAUUUGGAGAACUCAAAAAAUCUCCAAGACAAAGACCAAUACCGCAAACAGAUCCGGGAGAUGGGAGAGCGUUAUGAUGAACUUCAAGUCCAGUUGUUUCGAACUCAAGGAGAAGUUCUUGCUCUUCAGUCAAAGCUUCGCAAACAGAAAAACCCAAUUCAAAUGAACUCAGAAGAAAGCUCCUUGCUGAGUUCAUUUGAGAUGAAAAGUCAGACUAGUGAGGAGGAGUCCAGGGAAAGGGGUGAAAAGGAUAUGAGUGAAGGGUCACAGAGCCAGACAUCUGGAGAGUACAAUUAUUCAGAGAGGAUGUUCUCUGAGGAGGACAUAUCAGCUAACUGCAGAAUUAAAGCAAAAUGCAACUUUCACUAUAGGAGCAAUACUCCUAAUGUGGUCUUGGACAGGAAACGUGCUUUAAGAACCAAAAAAUUCACAGACAAAGAGAGUGUGCAGUGCAUACUGGACAACACUACUGGGAGUGAUACGGACGGGAUGUGACAUACAGCUUUGGACAAGGAGACGAAAUGUGGCCUUCUUUGAAGGCAUAUUAAAAUGCAAUUUAAUGAUAAUCCAACAUUGUUCUGCAUCCAGUGACCCAUAAAACCUGAUUAACAUCAUAUCAAUAUCAUAGUGUUCACUGUUAAAGUAUGUCCAGUCAAUCACUUGUCAUGAGUCUGAUCUGACAUUUUUUCUGUUGUCUAUUAAUAUAUAAUAUAAUAAAUAUAAAAUAUCUUUUUAUGUAUAUCUUGUUCUCUUGAGCAAAAACAGUGGAAAUGUUUGAAUGAUUUUUUUUUGU